CCUGCCGCAGUGCCCUCCGGCUCCGACGGCGGCACCAUGAUGAGCUACGGCGCGGACCCGUUCUUCGGCGGCGCCUACCGCAAGGAGCCGGGCGGCGGCGGCGGCGGCGGCGGGCGCUAUGCGGCGUCUCGCUCGGGCGCCUCGCUGGCCUCCAGCGGCUUCCACUCGCAGUCGUGGUCGCGGGGCUCGACGGCCACGGCCACGGGCUACCGGCGUCUGGGGGCGGUGUCGGCGGCGGGGCCGGGCGCGCUGAGCCAGCUGGGCUCGUCGACGGAGAGCCUGGAGUCGUCGCUGAACGGCGAGCUGCGCGCCCGCAACGAGAAGGAGGUGCUGCAGGCGCUCAACGACCGCUUCGCCGGCUACAUCGACAAGGUGCGGCAGCUGGAGCUGCACAACCGGCAGCUGGAGGCCGAGGCGGCGGCGCUGCGCCAGCAACAGGCCGGCCGCUCGGCGCUGGGAGAGCUGUACGAGCGCGAGAUCCGCGAGAUGCGCGGCGCCCUGGUGCGGCUGGGCGCCGAGAAGGGGCAGCUGCAGCUCGAGCAGGAGCGCCUGGACGACGACGUGGCCCACCUCAAGCAGCGCCUCGACGACGAGGCCCGGCAGCGCGAGGAGGCCGACGCCGCCGCCCGCGCCCUCGCCAAGUUCGCCGACGACGCGCUGCUGGCCAAGGGCGAGCUGGAGAAGAAGUUGCAGGCGCUGCGCGACGAGGGGCUCUUCCUGCGCCGCAGCCACGACGACGAGGUGGCCGAGCUGCUGCUCCAGAUCCAGGGCGCCGGCGGCGGGGGGGUCCAGGUGACCCUCGAGUCCGCCUGCAAGGCCGACGUCACCUCGGCCCUCAAGGAGAUCCGUGCCCAGAUGGAGGGACACACCUUCAAGAAUACUCUGCAGUCCGAGGAGUGGUUCCGAGUAAGACUGGACAAGCUGUCAGAAGCUGCCAAAGUGAAUACGGAUGCUAUCCGCACAGCCCAGGAAGAGAUUUCCGAAUAUCGGCGACACCUUCAAUCCAAAACUACUGAGCUUGAAACUAUGAAAGGGACCAAGGAGUCUUUGGAGAGGCAGAGGAUUGACAUGGAAGAUCGCCAUCAUGUUGACGUCCUGUCUUAUCAGGAGUCAAUUGCACAGCUGGACAAUGAACUGAGGAAUACCAAGUGGGAGAUGGCAGCCCAGCUCCGGGAAUACCAAGAUCUGCUCAAUGUCAAAAUGGCCCUGGAUAUAGAGAUCGCUGCAUACAGGAAGCUUUUGGAAGGAGAGGAGUGCCGCAUCGGAGCCGGAUUGGGACCAUUUCCUUUCCCUGAAGCCCUCCCCAAAGCUCCUAGCAUUUCCACCCAUAUCAAGGUCAAAAGCGAAGAGAAGAUAAAAGUGGUGGAGAAGUCAGAGAAGGAGACGGUGAUUGUGGAAGAGCAGACUGAGGAAAUCCAAGUAACUGAAGAGGUCACUGAGGAAGAUGGUGAGAAAAAAGAAGAAGAGGAAGAAGAAGAGGUGGAAGAGGAAGGAGAGGAGGAAGGAGGAGAGGAAGAUAAAGAAGAAGAGGAGGAAGAAGAAGAAGAAAAAGAGGAGCAGGAAGAAACUGAAGGUGAGGAGGAGGAAGGGGCUGCAUCUCCAGAGAAAGGCAAAGAGUCCCCUUCAGCAGAAGCAGCUACAUCCCCAGAACAAGAGCCUGCAGAGAAAGCAGCAGCAGUCAAAUCUCCAGACAAACUGAAGUCCCCAGAGAAGGAAAAAGCCAAAUCUCCUGCAGCGAAAUCCCCAGCAAAGCCUUCCUCUCCCACAAAGGAGGAGGCCAAAUCCCCUGCCAAAGUGAAGUCCCCAACCAAGGAAGAGGCGAAGACUCCAGCAGUCAAGUCUCCUGAGAAGGUUCCAUCCCCCACCAAAGAAGCAGCCAAGUCCCCACCAAAGGUUGCAUCUCCUACCAAGGAAGGAGGCAAGUCUUCAGAGAAGGGCAAGUCCCUGGUGGUGAAAUCUCCAGAGAAGGCAGCAUCCCCUACAAAGGAGGAGGCCAAGUCUCCAAGGAAGGUCAAGUCUCCAUCAAAGGAGGAGGCCAAGCCUCCACAGAAAGUCAAGUCUCCAUCAAAGGAGGAGGCCAAGCCUCCAGAGAAGGUCAAGUCACCCACAAAGGAAAAGGCCAAAACACCAGAAAAGGAGGCAACCCCACAAAAGGAACCAGCUAAGCCACCUCAGAAGGAUGCAAAGGCAGACAAGAAAGUAGAGAAAGAAAAAGAGAAAGAAGAGGAGAAAGCUCCAGCAAAAGCAAAAACGGAAGAGAAGAAAGCAAGCAAGGAAGAAGAGGAACCCAAGAAGGAAACCACAGCCAAGCAGGUGCAGAAGCCUGAAGUUAAGACAGUGGAGGAGGAGAAGAAGGCCAAAACAGAGGACAAAGGUGACCACAAGAAAGACACCAAGCCUGAGAAACCUGCCCCUGAGGAGAAGAAGAAGGAGGCAGCUGCUAAAGCUGAAGAGCCCAGAGAGAAGGAACCCACCAAACCAGCAACAAAACCCAAAGAAGAGCCUAAGAAAGAAGAGAAAGCAACAAAAAAAGAACCUGAGCCAGAACCUCAGGAGAAAGAUACAAAGACCAAGGAACCAAGCAAGCCAGCUGAGAAGGGAUCUGAGAAACCAAAGACAGAAGAGAAGAAAGAAGAACCCAAGAAGGAGCCCAAAAAGGAACAGGAAGAGAAACCCAAAGCUGAAGCCAAGUCUAAAGAAGAGGCUAAAAAGGAGCCAAGCAAAGAAGAGGCCAAGAAGGAACCCAGCAAAGACUCCAAGGAGACGCCCAAACCAGAGCCUGCAAAGGAAGCCCCCAAGCCAGCCAAACCCAAGACAGAGAAAGUGGAAAAGUCCUCCAGUACAGACCCUAAAGAUAGCAAAGCCACAGAGAAAGUGGAGCCGGCUGCAAAAGCAAAGAGUGAGAAGUGAAGAGGCCCCAGAGAUGCAUGAUGGCCCCUCUUGAGGUCCUGCGGAGGGUCUCCCUGCCCCAGGGCUGCCACCCGUUGCCCUCCAAAGACCAGACUUUGCUUUGGUGAGCAGCCGUCCCUCUCUCACCAAGGCAUGUUAGCAAUAUGUUUAUGUGAAAGAAAAAUAAAAAAACCCUAACCAAGCAAUGAAACGAAUCUCCCCACCGAAGGGGGGUUCGGUUAUGUUAUGAUAGCUUCUGUAGCAGAAUGUGAUAUACGCAGAAUGCCACAUUUAAACACUUGAAUUAUUUACAGGGGUGGGGGGAGAUCUCAGAGCAAAACUUGACUGCCCUUUUCAAAUAAGUGCAUUUAUUUACCUAAUGGGCAACCUAGGGUCGAAUGCAAUAAAUGAAUGUAGAGCUGGAAAAAAGUUAAGCUUUGGAAGAUGUACAGUAGGCUAGAGAAUUCCAAAACGAUCUGAAAUGCCUUGUCUUCAUCACAUACACACAACCCUUUGUCAUCCUCACUUGACGGCUUCAUCCCUAGCUAGACUCAGGAGGAAGAAGGUUCUGGGCAUCCCUACGCUGCAAGCUGAUAUGGGGUUGGAAAAGGUUUCCUGGUCUUGACUCCUCCCCCCCAAUCUCAAGGGACUCUGGGAAAUAUAGCUGGGAGAGUGUGCUGAAAUGUCCUCUCACCAGACAGCCUUGUGCUUUUUGGUUCAGGCAUGACCAUUCUCAGAAUUGUUUGGGAGGGAGACAGACCAGGUAAACCAGUUUGAAACUGGUCUCAGUUUGCAGGUGAACAUGCCCUCUGUAUACAAUCAUGUACAAACUUGUACACACCAGGAGAAGUGCACUAUGGUGACUCACUCAAAAGUUCACUUCCAAUUGCUUUUGUGCAAUAUGAGCAAAUAAAAAUGCUUACAAAAUGCU